AUGCAUCUUCUCUUCUUGCUGCUCCUGUUGCCAAGCCCCUCACACUCCCAGUUCACCUGUGAGGUAUCCAAGGAGACCAACCAGGUGGAGGUCAACUGUGAGAACCUGGGACUGAAGGCACUGCCUCCAGACAUGCCAGCGGACACAGUCAUCCUGCGCCUGGGUCAAAACCCGCUGGCUACUUUCUCCACAGCAUCUGUGGUGGCUCUGACUCCCCUCACCCAGCUAUUCCUGGAUCACAGUCAGCUGGCCAUGCUGCAGACGGAUGGAAAACUGCCUCAGCUGGAGACCCUGGUUCUGUCACACAAUCAGUUGAAAAGCCUGCCCCCACUAGGGCAGGCACUGCCAAACCUCAUUAUCCUGGACGUCUCCUUUAAUAACCUGGCCUCCGUGUCCCCGAGUGUCCUGGAUGGACUGAGCCAACUCCAACAGCUAGACCUGCGUGGCAAUGGCUUGAGGGAUCUAUCCUCAGGGCUUCUGGCACCCACACCUAAAUUGCAGAAGCUCAAUCUGGCUAACAACAAGUUGGCCAAACUGCCUCCUGGGCUCCUGGAUGGGUUGGAUGACCUGGAUACCCUCUACCUCCAAGAGAACUGGCUGCAUACAGUACCUAAGGGGUUCUUUGGGGAGCAUCUCUUGCCUUUUGCUUUCCUCCACAGCAACCCCUGGGAAUGUAACUGUGAGAUUCUCUAUUUCCGUCGCUGGCUACAGGAUAAUUCAAACAAUGUCUACUUAUGGAAGGAGGGUGUGGAUGUCAAGGCCAUGACCCCCAAUGUGGCCAGUGUGAGGUGUACCAGUUUGUCUAUACCUGUUUACACCUACCUAGGGGAGGGCUGCGCCUCCCUCGGUGACGAUCAGGACCUCUAUGACACCUAUGAUGACACAGUGACCACAAACAUUGUGGUUAAGUUCUCUACCAACACCAAAGCCCAAACAACCUAUACAGGUUUAUUCCACUCAGAAUCCACCACUUCUCCAGGCAAUCGAAUGUUCUACUGGUCUCCACUCCAAAACUCCACUCCCAGACAGACCACAUUCCUAACCAAAGAGAUUUUAGAUUCUACCACAUUUCCAUCUACUACAGAAUCCAUCACAUUCUCCAAAAUUCUAAAAUUUACUACAGAGCCCACCACAACCCCGACCACCCCAGACCCCACCACCCCCACCACAUUCUUAACUCCUACAGAACCUACCUCACUUCCUACUACCAUAGAAUUCACAACUAUCACCUCUGAAUCUGUCAAUCUCCUGAAUGUUCAUGGGGUAGCUCAAAGGAAUUUGGAUAGCUUCCCAAAAGACUCUUUCCUUGGCCCUGACAUUUGCUGCCUCCUCCCUUUGGGCUUCUACUUGAUGAGUCUUCUCUGGCUCCUGUUUGCCUCUGUGAUCCUCAUCCUGCUGCUGAUCCAGCUGCAGCACGUGGCACUGGGCCAGCCUGCAGCUCUACACACUGCAUACCUGGAACUGCAGAGGGGAAGACAAGUGACUAUAUCCCGGACCUGGCUGCUCUUUCUUCAAGGAUCACUCCCCACUUUCCGCUCCAGCCUCUUCCUGUGGGUACGAUCCAAUGGCCAUGUCGGGCCUCUGGUGGCAAAACGCUGGCCCUCAGCCCUGAGUGUAGGCCGUGGUCAAGACUUGCUGGGCACAGUGAGUAUAAGGUACUCUGGCCACAGCCUGUGA